CUGACAUAGGUUUUAUCAAAAUGUCGGAUGUUAAUGGCAGGUCAAUUUCGUUGUGAAGUGCCAGGUGUCGGUUUAGAUAUUUCUCCACCUGUUUGUAUCGAACAUUGCGAAUUCUGCUAUUUUUUCAACCUUCUACAUUCAUUCAUUGCGGUGUAGAUUUUGUGUUGGGCACCUCAAGAAAGAUUUGACUUGUGUGUCAUGUCAGCAGGCAUUUUGAGUCGUCACUGUGAAGGCUUACUUUGCCCGACUUAACUAGUGAUGGUGCAAGAUGUGUGACCAGACGGAAGUGACAUACUCCACAGGCGAUGUGGUCUGGGUCAAGCUGGGCCCCGUGUGGUGGCCGGGACAAGUCCAGGACUAUGACAAGCUGCCGGAGGAGAUUACGAGUAAUCUACGAAAGAAACCAAUAGCUGUUGUGAAGUUCUUCCAAGAAGAUACUUUUGAAUAUGUGAAGAAUUUGAACCAGAUUUACCAGUACAACUGCCGGAAGAAAGAAGAAUUCAUAAAAAAGGGUUUGGAUAUGGUGCGAAAUUCAAAUUCAAGAGAAGUUCCUUCAAACAUGAAAAUGUUCCCAAACGACAUUGUGAUGGCUGAGCACCUUACUGGAGGAGACCCUAACAUUUUGGAUAGUAAAGUUUUUGCACCAGAGCAGAAGUCUGAUUAUAGUGAUUUGUUUGGCACCAAAAAAUUGUCAGCUAAAAAGUUGAAAGCAGAAUCUUUAAAGAAGGAAUUAAAAUCAAGAAGACAUAGUGGAUCACCUCUACGGAUUAAGCGACAGAGUUUGCCUACUCUGCCGUCUACUAUUCCAAGACCAAUCACACAUCCUAGAUUCAUUACAAAAGCUUUAGAAGGCAAGUCUGAUCAUGAAGUUAGGAUUCGAUGUCAAACAACACCUAGGUCUGAUGAUGGAGAUGCCUCAACAGAAAAGAAAUAUAAAUGUCAUCUCUGUGAUUUUCAGUCAGUACGGUUAAAUGUGAUUGUAUUGCACAAUAAAUCUCAUAGUGCUAGCUUCAUAGAAGCCCAAAACUCUAUCAGAGCUAGACUUAAAUUCAGAGAGAGAGAAUACUCCACACCAUUAAACUCGUUAAACGAAAACGCUUCUACAACAGUGACCAGUAGAGGAAGAGUAAAAAGUCUUCCUAAAAAGUUAAUGGAUUACACUGAUGAACCACCUCCUAAAAUUUUCAAAGAACGAGUAAGUAGCAGUAGCAAACUUUCACUUAAAGAAGAAAUGCCUGAAUCUCCUGUUAAAAGUUCUACCGAGAAAAGUCCCACCAAAACUCCUAAAAUAGUAAAAGAUAAUUCAGAAAAAGUGUCUAUUAAAAGACCACUGUUUGGAAAACGUAAAACCGCCAAGGAGAAAGCAGAAAUAGCAGCAAAACAAAAACAAGAAAAUGAAGCUAUGAAAGAAACACUUCUAAAAGACUGGGAUGAUGAUGAUGUUAAUCAAGAAGAAGUGGAACUUGAACGAUUGAAACUUGCUCUUGAAUCAACUACAACAUCGGUUACGGACAUGGAUGACAGUAAUACCUCUUUGAAAGAUGAUGAAUUAAAUUUAUCCAAGGAUGUUCCUGAUAAGGUGAUUGAACAUGCUAAAGAGAAACAAAAUUCCACUGAAAUUAAACCAAUAGAUGUUAAAAGAGACAUAAACAGUAAAAUUUUUGAGUUUGAUGAUUCAGAAGACAGUUUACCAGUUACAAUUAAUUUUAGACUUAAAAAUAAUCAGAGGGAAAAGUUUACUGAUGAUAAAUUCAAGAAACCUAAGCCACCAAAACCUCUUAGCAAGAUGUCUUCUAAAGUUAAAUCACCAGUGCCAUUAAACCCUGUUCCAACAGAAAAGAAAACGGAUGACAAAGAAACUGCUGAACUCAAUGAAGCCUUUAAUGCUCUUUUGGAAGAAACCGUUGUACCAGUUUUACCGGAGAUUCCUGUUACUGGUUUCAGUAAAAGUCCAUCUUCACCUCAAAUUAGUGACCAGACUAGUGAUAUAAGCUCAUCAACUGAUUUAAUGGAAGUGACAGAAAGUACAGAAACAUCAGUAAAACUCUGUAGUAAGGUUUCAGAUGAUGGUAAUCUAGCCUCUUGUGUUAUUAAUGAUGAUCUUAAGAUGGAAUGCACAAGUUCUGAUGGUGAAGAAAUUAAAUCAAACGAAGUAUCGGUUUUUGAUUGUGAGGUUGAGAAAGAAAUUAAAGAGGAUCAAAAAAACGCUGAAGAAGUCUCGGCAUGUGACCCCAGGGUCGGGAUGGAUGUGGAUUUAAUUUUAACUGGGGUUGCUACAACAACUACUGAGGAUGAAAAGGUAUCCUUAGAGCUAUUACCUGAGGAUAAAGUCAAAGAAACGUCUGAAGACUUAACGGCAACAGAAAUAUCGUCAACCUGUGAUGUUACCAAAGAGUGUGAGGAUUCAUCUGAAUUGUCCAAAAUUGAAAGAUGUCACAUAUUAAGCCCAAUGAAAGAAACGGAAAGAACAAGGCAAUUUGUUAAAUCAGACUGAAAUUCAGAUGUUUCAAUGUGCUUUGAUUCAGAAGAGAAAGUUGACAAUGUUACAGAUCUAGACACACCUGAUGAAAAGUCAGUUGACAUCAUCUUACCAAGUGAUUGCUCUGAAAUAUUAAAUGAAAAAGAAGGUAAAGAUUGUGAAAUUGGAAAGUUCCAAGAAAAAUCUGAAGAUACUGAAACCGAUUAUUUUUUAAGUGAAACAGAAGCUUCUAUAGUAAACAAACAAGAUACUGGUAAAAGUGAAUGUAGUGUAGAAACAGAAACUUUACAGGUAGAUGUUCCUAAUGAAAAUUUAUCACCCGAAACUAUAACUACUUUUAAUAAUGAGAAAAUGUCUGAAAACCUUGUGAGUACCGGAAUUACAAAAGAAGAAAUGAUCACACCACAACAAACUGGUCAGGAAGAAAUUGUUAAAGGAGAAGUAAUACAGCAGACUAAAAUUGAAGCAGAUCAAAUCAUUUCUCCACAGGUUAAUAAUGAGGUAAGUGUUGCACCAACAGAUAAUAUUAUGAAUGUUCAGUUAAUUUUACCCGUUGAUACAGAAAUCAAUACAAGCAAUGUCCAGCUUGAGACACAGCCACCCCAUACAAUUAAAACUAUUGAGACUUUAGUUCCAUCCGGAGAAAUAUCAGGAAGUUGCAAAAUAGAAAAUCAAACAUUAUCACAAAGCCUUCAAGAUAUGGAAUUAGACAUUAACUCAAUGCCAGUGAUUAUAGGAGGAGAAGAUUUCAUUCAACCAGAACAACCUAAACAAACUCUUGUUCCAAUUCAGCCAAAGUACACAGAAAGCAUUGUAAUAAGCCCGAAAACAAAGAUUUCAAGCCCUAAAAAAACGGAGAGCAUUAUAAUGCAAUUGGGUGAGCCAUCUACUUCCAAUCAAAAUGUACAAUCAGUUAUAUCAAUACCAAGCAAAGGUGGAAGGGGAGGAGGUAGAGGUGGGAGAUCUCAGAAAACUACAUCUAAAACUAUCAAACUUACUGCAGGAGCUCUAAAAAAUCUUGGUUCACUGCAAAAAGGAGGCAACCAACAAGUUUUAAUUUUAAAAACUGCAGGUGGUCAAGAUAAACAAGACCAGGGAGUUAUACAAAAAAAUAAAGGACCAUUAAAUAUGUUCCAACAUGGGAAUAAAAUUUUGAUAGUUAAUAAUCCCCAAAUGAGUGGGCAGAAUAAAAUAAAAUUGAAUCCACAACAACAACAGUUACUUUCAGUUUCCGGAGGUAAAUUAGCCCCAGGUACCAGAGUGUUCACAAGCAAAGUGGUUGCAACAACUACCGCACAAGCCUCAGUUACUGGAACUAGUAAAAUUAGCACAUCUAGAUCGUCAUCUAAACCUACACAAAAAUUGGUUAUAAGUAAAGGAGGAAUCUUAACAAAUACAUCAAAAAGUGUGAUUAUUAAUAAUUCUGGAAAAUUGGUAACAACUAUGCCAGCUACUCAUGCUAUUACAACUAGUAAGGGACAAACCCUAAUAACACAAAAUGUUUUGAAUACAAAAGGAAGUCUAAUUUUGCCUAGUUCAUCACAAAGUGUACCCACUGGUAAAACAGCUACAAUUAUAACUUCUCAAGCUCUAGCCACAAGCAAAGGUAUGAUAUUAACACCUAUCACAAGCAAAGGAGGCACUAUUAUAUCAGGAAAUCAAAAACUUAGAAUAGUUUCAUCUAAAGCUCCUUUAAGUGGAACCAGACUUGUUGUUCAAAAUCCUCAAGGAAAGCUAAAAAUUGAUCCACAGCACAAAAAUCAACAGGUCAAGUUAAUCAGAGGACAAACUACAGGGAAUACUAUAUUGAUUCAGACAAGUCAAGGUAUCGUUGCAAAAUCAAUUACAUCAAGUUCUACAUCAACUGCACAAUCUUCAAUCAAAGCAUCGGAAGUGGUAAAAACUGUUAUGACCACUGUGCCAACACAGACUAAGAUUAGAGUGACUACUCCUUCUCCGCAUCAACAGCAGGUUAUAAAGUCUCAAAUACAAACUCAGAUUGUACAGCAACCCCAAAUUAUUCAGCAAUCACAAGUCCAACACACCCAAAUUGUGAAAGCUCCACCAGUGAAAAAAGUGGCUGUGCAGAAGAUAAGGCCCAGCCCAAACAUUUUACAAAAACCACAAAGAAAAUCCACACCACGAACAUCAAAGUCCGCUGCAAAUCGCUUGAUCACUCCUGCAGUUUCUUCUGCAGAACCAAUCAUUCUAUCUACAACAUCAAGUAUUCCUGUGAUAGCUCAGCCAACACUAGUCCAAGGCCAGGUUCCACAGGGCUCAGAAGGAUUAGUUUAUCUGACGGUGGAUGAAGCAGGAAACUAUAGGCAAAUCGAUAACAAAUCGUUAAUUUCUCUAGAAGGAAAUUCUUCUGAAGCACCACGAACUAUCUUUAUUCCAGCAGAUACCAGGCCACAGGAUGUAGGAAAUAUUUUCCUUGCCAUUGAUGAUGCUGGAAAUAUUGUGAACAUAACUCAGCGCACAUCCAGCAACACAUUUACUGCUGAGAAUGCAGCACCUAGUCAAGACAUUUUAGCAAAGGCCUUGGCAAAUACACAAGUUCUUCAACAAGAAACGAUUCUACCUGACAUGGAUGUUUCUGCAGCGCUUUCCUCUACACCUAUGGACUCAACUGUUAUUUCAAGCAGUUCUUUCAAUGAACAGGCUCUUUUUCCUGCAUCCUCAUUGGCUCAUGGUGUUGUUGAAACAUCACUCACACUUAACCAACCUAUCAUGACACCCCUUGAAGUUCCUUCAGCUGUGUCACCAAACAUUGGUCAAAUAUCAUCAUUGUCUCCAAAUUAUAUAACACCCAAUCUGUUGACUCCUAAGCAAAAACAUAUUCGCCCAUCUAUGCCUUUGUUGACUGAAGAAUCUUUGGCAAACCAGACCAGAGGUGAACCAGUUUUCUUCCUGGAUAACUCGAACAAUAUUAUCCCUGCAACCUCUGGGUCACAAAUCUCUUUUCAACUGACACUGGGAGACAAUAAUGUUAUUAUGACUUCUGGAACCGGAGGUGAGAUUCUUUCACCUACUUACCAAGUGGUUUCAGGAGAUUUACUCACAUCGCAGUUAGUUGCAACAGAAGGAACGCAUGGAAUGUCUAAAGUUGAGAAUGUUGGAUCUGAAAAUGUUGAUAAUCAAGAGAAUGUAAAGUUUGAAUCAAGUGAAAAUGUAACAUUCAGCAUUCUAUCACAACCCGAAAGUAUCCCACCAGAAACGUCCCACGUGGAUCAGCAUAGCGUGAUUUUACGAGAAGCAUUAGAAGCGCCUCAAACUACUUUAAAGAGUGAUAACUUUUUGAAUAGUGUUGAAGUACCUCCAAGUGAGUCUCUAGGUACCACUGAACAUGUGAGUGAAGAGGAUUCAGCUUCUCAACUUGUUGAUCCUACUGAACAAGAAAGUGCUAUUGAGAAAUCAGAACGAGAAAAUUAUGCUGAUCAGUUGAGUGAAUCUUUUGAAGAUAAGAAUGUCAAUCCGUUAUUGGAAGAGGUGAAACAUUCCUUGAAAAGGAGUUUAGGUGAAGAACAAAUGGUUUCAAGCUCUUCAGAUCUAGAAGAUGACUCAAAAAGGGUUAGACUAGAUGAGAGAUAGGUAUUUUGUAGUUAAUCGAUAUGUACAGUUACAUAAUAUUUGUAUAUAUAGAGUUAGAAAAAUGUAUGAUAAAAAUGUAAGUUAUUUUGAUUUUAUUUGGAACUAUUAUGUACAUUUUAUAAUUUUAUUGUAAAGACUGCAUAAAAUAUAUUCAAAUCUAAGGAAUAUGAUCAAGUCCCUCCUUUUCUGUUUAAUUUUUGUAUAUGGGUUGGGAUUUUUGUGAGUUGUGCCUUUUAGUUAAAUUUAUACAUUUAGUAGAUUUAGUUUUAACCGUACUUUUAAAAAUAAGUUAAACAUCACCAACUCUAAAUCCAUACUCCAGAGAUUUAUAAUCAUUUUUAUGACCAUUGGAACAAAAAAUACUUAUGUAAUUAAACUAAUUUUUUUUUUAAUCAUACAAGAAUUUCAAUGAAUUUAAAGUAUUUUAUCAUAACCAAUGGGUUACUAAUAAAUAUAUUUGUUUAAGAUCUGGCACAUAAUAUUUAUUUUAUCAUAAUAUCAACUAUUAUUUUGAAAAAGUAUUUUAUCAUAAUGUCAACUAUUAUUUUGAAAAAGUUAAAUGAAACAAACUACAUUGGUACUGUCCUAGUUUUUAUCCUUGUAUUAAUAAAAAAUUUUAGUAGUUACAUGUUUUAAUACUAUGUUAUGUUUGAUGAUCUGUCUUUGUUUUCAUAUUAUUAUUCUACCUUAUUCAAAUAAAUUGCACUUGAAAUCAAACAAGUUUAAUCUGAAGCUAUUAAUUAGUUGCUUUUAUUUCUUUGAUCAUUUAAAAAUUAUUGGCAAAUUACAUGAGUGUAAGACACUAGAUGGUUCAGUUCUAGUAAUCCUAGUGUGGCAGUGGAUCUAUUUAAGGAAUUUUUUUGUACAUAAUUUUAAGUUUUAUCAUAAGAUUUUUGUGACAACUGGGAAAGUGGAGCACAUAAUAAAAUAAAGUAAAUAUCUGUAGUUUCAUCAUGAAGAUCAUUUAAGAUAUUGUAUAAUUUUUUAGAUAAAUACUAAAGUAAAGAUUUAUUUAUUUUCAAGUAUUUAUUCAUUACAUUAUUAGAUUUCAUUAAUUUCAGUAAAUAUGAGUACAGAUGCUUUGUAAAAUAGGAUAACUGGAUAUAAUGUUCACCAUAAUUAUUUGUAGACCAUCAGGUUCCUUGGGUUUGUAUUGUUUUAUCACUGUAGUUUGAUACGGUUUAUAGUAUUUUGUUGUUUUUAUUGUAAUUUUUUUAAAUUAAGUAGCAUGUCGCUAUUGUUGAUGACCUAUUAUAUUUACCCCUAAAACUUGAGUUGUAUAGCAAAACUUUAAAACCUAUUAAAAAUUACAAAUAUUUAUCCAUGUAAAAAUAUUUUUGAUACAUGUUAAACUAUACAGGAUCAAUUUAAAAUCAGUGAUUUCUUGUUUUAUGAUAAAAGAAUGUUCUAAAGUGUUAUGUAACAUAGCAUUAAGAUAAUUCAUAAGAUUUUAUAUGUUUAUCCAGAGUUUCCUGUUUAUUUUGCUCUAUGGCAAUCUGUUGCAGUAAACCGUGUAUUGAUAUGAA